AUGAAAGUUACAGUAACUUUCGGCGACACCGCGGUGGUGGUUCCCUGUAAAGCUGGAUGGACCGUCCGGGAUUUAGUCGAACAAGCCACACGGAGGUACCGCAGGAUUUUGGAGCAGCAUGGGGAGAGAGCAGUGAAAACCCACCACUUGGAGUACGCUGAAGGAGGGAUUCUGGACAUGGACGACAUGCUGAGUGAUCUAGUGGACGACAGAGACAAGCUGGUCGCCGUGUUCAGCGAAGUCCAGCACAGGAGGACGGACAGUCCCAGAGAGAACAAGUCCAGCUACUCCAGUGCCGCCCCCAGCCCUGAACCACUCCGCUACUACCCCCACAUGCAGUUCCAGGAGCCAACCAGAGGAGAGAUUGAAGUCAACGAGGCAAUCCUCAAAGCCAAUACGCCUCUGUUGGUGAGGAGCAGCAGUGACUCUGCUUUAGCCCCGCCUCAUGAGAAGACAGCCACGCCCCCACCUGAUCACCACAGCAACGCAUCUCCUGAACCGGAAAUCAACCAUGUACUGAAAGGAGCUUUGGACCGAUUGACCACAGACAACCCCCCGGCCAAAAUGAGCCCGGUUAACUUCGGCACCCUGACGAGGACAGUGGAGUUUCUAGGUGACCGGGGCCCCCUGGGUAUCCAUGUGGUCCCGUACUGCUCCUCGCUCAGUGGACGGACCCUGGGCCUUCAUAUUAAAGGCAUCGAGGAAAACAGCCGCUCCAAGAGAGAGAACAUCUUCCAAGAGGACGAGUGUAUCGUCCAAAUCAACGACACACCACUCCAGGACAAGACCUUCACACAGUCACAGGAAGUGUUCCGCCAGGCCAUGACCUCCUCCGCAGUCUGUCUGGAGGUCCUCCCCGUGGCCAACAAGCUGCGCUACGAGAAGAGCCUGAUAGGUCACCUUUUCACCGGCGACGGCAAAGAAUCCUCCGCAAAAGCAAAGAGUCCGAUGGUUGUCCGUGCCAAAGCCGACUCCCAACCGGAACCCAGGCCAGAUCCCAAACUGAACACCAAACUGGAAGUGAGGCGACCAGACACGCGUGCCAAGACCCCAGAGCCAGCUGCAGUAAACACACCAUCAGUGGAGAUCCAAUCUGGGCAUGGCUCCUUGGAAAGAGUCUCUCCCGCACCUCCAGCCAGAGGAGCAAGCUCCUCCCCGACUCGCAGCCAGAGCCCCCUGGCCAGUAGGAGCCCUGCUCUGCCCGGCCUGGCCAACCUGACCAGCAAGAAGGGCGGCAAGCGGAUAAAGAUUGACCUGAAGAAAGGCGCAGAGGGUCUGGGCUUCACCGUGGUAACCCGGGACUCCUCGGCCCACGCGCCAGGGCCAAUCCUGGUGAAGAACAUCCUGCCGCGAGGUGCGGCGGUCAACGACGGCCGCCUGCAGCCCGGAGACCGCAUCCUGGAGGUGAAUGGAGUAGACAUGACAGGCCGUAGCCAGGAGGAACUCGUGGGCAUGCUGCGCAGCACCAAGCAGGGAGAGAACGUGUGUGUGGUGGUGGCACGGCAGGAGGACAUCUUCCUGCCUCGGGAACUGAAAGGUGAGGACUCUAACAGCGUGGUGUUGGAGGACGGCAGGGAGCAGCUGAUGUACGAGAUCCCCCUCAAUGAAACGGGUUCGGCCGGCCUGGGGGUCAGCCUGAAGGGCAACAAGUCCAGAGAGACCGGAGAAGACCUCGGUAUCUUCAUCAAGUCCAUCAUCCACGGAGGGGCCGCUCACAAGGACGGUCGGUUGAGCAUAAACGACCAGAUGAUCGCAGUAAACGGAGAGUCUCUGCUCGGACGCUCCAACCACGCUGCCAUGGAGACGCUGAGGCGCUCCAUGUCGUCAGAGGGGAACGCCAGGGGCACCAUCCAGCUCGUGGUGCUCCGAGCGCCCAGACAGACACAGCAGAUGGCCAGUGCCAACCCUGCAGCAAGCACAGCUACAAAUGUCUCCAACUCCCAUCAGUCCAACCCGCAAGCAAGCUCCAGCAAUCAGGUACGAGUGCGUGACGCCUGCCACCAGCUGCAGCCGCCUCCGCCUCGCCGCUCCUCCUCCCUCCUCCCCGCACUGAGGAGGCGAGCGUCCGAGCCGCUGCCUCACAGCCACAGGCAGCGUCACACACAGCGGCCGGGGGAGACACACACCAGAUACACCUACGGGUUUAACCAAAGGGAGAGGCGUAGUGGUUACACAUUUGGCUUCACACAAAGGGACAGAGAACACAGUGAUGAGGAAGGGGGGUGUGUGCAAAAUGAUGUGUACAGACCGAGUACGAGGUACGAGUUUGGGUUUGUCUCUCACAGCCAGACACUGAGCAACUUAAACAGGGAUAGAUAUGAAUACGGAUACCCACGGGGACACACACACAGCCGAAUGCCUGCGGACACACAGGGUCACACCGUGGUCGAUAACACGCGCGGUCGCGCGUUCGUCGACGCUCAGGGCAACACACACGGCUGCAAGUCCAGGCACGCACGCAGCCGCACACUGGACACCAUCCACAGCCAAGACGGCUCCCAGGGUAACAGCUACACUGAAAACAUUAGGGCCAUGGCGGGGCAGAUGUACGGAGACCCGCCCACACACAGCAGGAUACCCACCCGCAAGGUCGACUUCAUGCGGUGUCCUUCACACUGUCUGAUCAGUCACUCAAACGCCAGUUUCCGCAAAAAAUCCCUGCGCCAAGAGCCGAGGGGACACGAUGCAUACCAGAAACCCUCAGGAGCCUCCAGACCCCCGAACACAGAGUCCUCCGCAAAUGCCGCCAGUCACAUUCCAAUGACGGCCAACAACUACACGCACGGCAACUCUAGAAAUGCUCUGUAUCCUGCUGCGAUCACUAAUGGCAGCUACGGUCACUACGGCAACGAGGAUGAGGAGUUGGAAGAAGGCUUCCCCCCGCCACCCUCCCCCGGCGCUGUGGAGGAAAUGAAUAGAAACUUGCCACCAAUCCCCCCACAUAACAGCGAGUUUCAGAUGUCGCCCCACAUGGCUGCAGCUUUCUACAGCCAACUGGCCGACGAUGAGGACAACGUACCUCGCAACAGGGCGUCAAAGAGCAUGGACAUGGUGGCUGAUGAGAGCAACGUGGGAUCACUAGUUGGGCAGAGGAACGAGCCUUCAGCUGGUGGAGCGCUCGGCCCGACCCUGGGCCUCUGGAAGUCCAGCUCCCUGGAGAGCCUCCAGACGGCCGUGUCGGAGGCCAAGCAGAGUCACAGCCAAGCCCAGGUGCCCUUUCAUCGCCCGCGGCCGCACAUGGUCCGGGGGCGGGGAUGCAACCAGAGCUUCCGCAUCGCCAUCGACAAGUCUUACGAUGGGCCCUCUGAAGAUGACGACGACCUGUCAGAGCAGAGCUCCGGUCACGAAACACCCGCCAGCAGCUCCUCUCGCCAGGGCCUGGACGCAGACGACGGAAAGAAGAAGAAGAAACCCAAAGACAGAAAGAAAGACAAGAAGAUCAAAGGGAAGAAGAAAACAGAUGAUUCUGUGGAGGAUCUGGAUAAGAAGACCAAAAAGAAAGGAUUUGGCCUCCUGAGGUUCGGCAAGAAGAAAGAAGACAAGAGCAAAGAAGCAGCAAAAGCAUCCAAAAGCAAACUGGAGGCCCUGAGCGAAGAGGAAGUGGACAGGAUCCCUGACAACAGAGAUGGCUACGAUCCACGCUACACCGAGAUCCACUCCGGCCACGUCACCCCGGACCCGGCCUCCCUCCCCGACGUGGAAGACGACGACAGUGACCCCAACUACGCCCGCAUCAACAACUUCCGCCAGCCACCCUCGCCUCAGUCAUUCAUUAGUCGCACGCCCUCCCCUGCGGCAACAACAGCGGGGCAUCACCUGCCUCAGGCCUCCUCUGAGGAGCUGGACGGGCUCUACGCCAAGGUCAACAAGCCCAGACACCCAGCCGCUGUGCAGAGCCAGCAUCACACGCAAGCAGACAGUGAUCCCCGUUACCAGGGGUUGCGUAAGGAGCACCAGCAACCCCGCGCCGCUCCGGUCUACGAGGAGCUGGACGCCGCGCGACGCCGAGUCCUGGAGAACGACCCGCACCGGAUGGCACCAAGAGGAGGUGAAUCUCGACCUGUGCACCGCUACGAAGAGGCGGACCGACAAUACCACACACACCCCAGGAGGGAUCCAUAUGAUUACCCCACCCACUCCAGACCCAUGCCAAGAGAGUCAGCCCCCUACCCCAUCCACUACCAAGACCCUCUCAUUUCCAGCCACCCCGGCCGUGUACCACUCCCCCAGUCGGGCACCCACUCCCAGCAGGCGUCCAGCAAUCCACGCUACUACCCCUCGUCUCCCCACAUGGGACAGCAGCACCGCACCAUGGUAAGGCAGGACGUCCCCCCUUCCCCCACCGCAGGCCACAGAGGGCGGCACUACUACGAAGCCGCCGGAGGGCGAGCAGGCCGCUACACCAGCCUGGAGAGGCAGCCCGUCGGCGGGGAGCGCUACACCAGCCCUGAGCGCUACGCCUACAGAGACGAAAGACAGCCCGACCCAAGACGGAAGAACCCGGUGAUAGGUGCAGUGUAAAAGGUAGCCCCCUCUAAACAUCAGGUGAACUCCACACAAAUAUAUAAAUAGCUCAGAAUUCAUGUGCGUCCAGAUUUGUGAGACAUAAUAUCAGACAGUCACACAGGCUGCCAAUGUGGAUAAGUGUGAUUUUGCCAUAUUAAUUUAUUUGAUCAGGAACACUGAGGGCAAUAAGUGACCAGGCUGAGAGGCUAAAAUGAGGCUUAUUUUCACAACCAUCUGGUCAUAACUGUCUCCACAGGCCAAGGCAGAUUUAACAAGCAUUAAGGACUCGUGGGUGUACAUAUAUAUACAUGUUUGCAACUGCUUGUGUAUAUUUACAAAUGUGCCGAUAUACACAAGUACAGAUUAUACUAACGGGAUCUUAUUUUGACAUAAAUUCUAUGAUGGAAAAAUGAAAUGAAAUUAAGGGAAAUAUCAUUAAUGACAUGGAUAUAUAGAGUAAACUCGGUGCCAUAUGUUGUAUAGAAUCAGCUCAUCAUGAAGGCAGUGCUGACUGGCAUUUUGCACAAGCUGAUCAAACUUAAGCAAAUAAAGAGGGAUCUCCUCAACAAUCCAGACUGUGAUAACAGAGGAAACACAGGAAAAGGAAGUAAACCCCCCCCCCCGAAGUAUGUUUUUGUCCUUGAUGUCCUGUCGCUCGGACUUCCUCCACGUCCUACUAUCACACCCUCGGUUUCUUUUUUCUUUGAUUAUCUGGAUAUGGACAUGGAGGAUACAUUUACUGUAUAUUUUUUAACCAUAUUACAAAUGAGUUUAUCUGUGAUUUAUUUGUGGUGUCUCUAAUAACAUGUAUAUAUCUUGAUCCGUACACGCACACUAAAACCAUGCUGUGUGACUCCUCGUGCACUGUGCAGCUAAUAGAGUUUAAUUUAACAUUUUAUCCUUUAACAUAUCAUUGAUCAAAGUCACUGCACUGAAAACUCAUUAAAUGUGUCAUUGGUGGUUUGAUUUAAACAUGCUGUCAA